CCGGGCCCGGGGCGGGAGGCGGGCUUGCCAGGGCAGAGACUCCACCGCGCAGAGCGUGGCCAAGAGGUUAAUUCCCUCCGCUGGGCGCGGAGGCCCCGGUUCGGUUCCCAUCACCCGCAGGCCGCGCUCAGGCCCUGACACUCGGCCCGGGAUACCCCGGGCUAGCCUUGGCUACUGGGCGGCAGCCGGGUCUUCGCCGUCACCAGACCCGGACUUUUGACCCCGCCGAAUGUCAGAUGGGGACAAACGCACGCGUGGUUUCCUGGGAGUAUAGAGUAUACAGUUGGUGUUCAAUAACGGGGGGGGGGAGCGGCGGGGUCAGAGGCCAGGGCCAGCAAGCCAACGCCUGUUCUGUGCCUCAGUUUCCCCAGCCUAACACAGGCACAGACGCCUCCUGUGUGCCCAGCGUCGGGCCUGGUGCGCACUUAGGGCUCAAUGAACGCGCCCUGCAUCUGCCUGGUGGGCGGGGGCCUGGGCUGGGGCGGGGCCAUGCAAAUCGGAUGCAAAUGAGCUCCAGGCCGAAGCAGGGGCCGCUGGGUAAACGGGGGGGGGAGCCGCAGGGGGCUGCAGAGGUGGAGGGAGGUGCGCUGAUUAUUAGGCACCUACUGUGUGCAGAGAGCAGGGAGUACGGGUGCCCUGAUGGAGGGGGCGUCACCCAAGGGCGGGGAUGGGGAGCCUCCCCGGAGCGGGUGUGGCUUGGUGGGGGAAACUGAGGCACGCAGAGAGGGACCGGGGUCAGACGAGAGGCAGGGUGUCCGAGCCCGGCCACUCCCCGCGCAGUGCCACCCGCUGGAGUCACUAGCUGCUGCCACUCGCCCUGCCCGGCCAGAGGCCAUCAGCCCCAGGGCCUUUGCACCCGCUGCUGCACCCGCAGAGACGGCCGCAUGCCCCCCGCCCGCGGGCGCCCACCACCCCGUGUCCCCGCAGGCCGAGGCCCAGGAUGAGGCGCUGGAAGGCGGCGGCCCUGGUGUCGCUCGUCUGCAGCUCCCUGCUGUCGGUCUGGAUGUGCCAGGAGGGCCUGCUGCUGGGCCACCGCCUGGGACCCGCGCUCGCCCCGCUGCGACGCCCGCCACGCACCCUGGACGCGCGCAUCGCCCGCCUGGCGCAGUACCGAGCCCUGCUGCAGGGCGCCCCCGACGCCGUGGAGCUUCGAGAACUUUCCCCCUGGGCCGCGCGCCCCGGCCCGCGCCGCCGAGCGGGCCCCCGACGCCGGCGCGCGCGGGCGCGGUCGGGCGCGCGGCCGUGCGGGCUGCGCGAGCUCGAGGUGCGCGUGAGCGAGCUGGGCCUGGGCUACACGUCGGACGAGACGGUGCUCUUCCGCUACUGCGCAGGCGCCUGCGAGGCGGCCGUGCGCAUCUACGACCUGGGCCUGCGGCGCCUGCGCCAGCGGCGGCGCGUGCGCAAGGAGCGGGUGCGCGCGCACCCCUGCUGCCGCCCGACGGCCUACGAGGAGGAGGUCUCCUUCCUGGACGUGCACAGCCGCUACCACACGCUGCAGGAGCUGUCGGCGCGGGAGUGCGCGUGCGUGUGACGCUACCUCACGCCCCGACCCUGCGCGCCUGCGCAGCGGCCGCGCCCACGACCCUCGAGGACUGAAUUCACAUAAAGUGUGGGAACCCUC